CGUUUACCGAUCGAUAUCAAUGGAGGACUCGCAUUUUUCGGGGUCUCCUGAGCGCUUCGUAUAUUUCGUGAAUUUAGUGUUCGGUUGAGUGAAAAAGUCUUAGAAAGUGUUGUUUUUGCCCAGUUACAUCACAGAAAGCUUGAAGAGCUUCUAAUAGGAGUGCAAAAUGUCUUUCAAAUCACGCAGGUGGUAACGAAGAAACAAUUAUAAAGUCACAACAAGUGUUGUGGUAGUACAGCGGGUGGGAAGCCAAUGGUCCGGGAGAGUCAGGGGGAUUCAGACUACAGCAACAUGAACUCAGCCGUCAGCUCAGAAUCUAUGGACUUGGCUGAAGAGGACAUGUCCCAAGUGGACGGGUGCGGGCUAAGCGGCGGCUCGGAGGACGAAGACGAGUGCGCGUCGUCGCCGGCCGGCUCCGCUUACGAGGACGGCGCUGACGUCAUCAAGAGCGCCAUGAGCGAUGAGGUCACCAAGCAGCUGGCUGCCGCUGGACCGGUGGGUAUGGCCGCCGCGGCAGCUAUUGCGUCGUCGAAAAAACGUAAGAGGCCACAUUCCUUCGAAACGAACCCCUCAGUCAGGAAGAGACACCAGAACAGACUACUUAGAAAACUGAGACAAACGAUCGAGGAGUUCGCGACGCGCGUGGGGCAGCAGGCCGUGGUGCUGGUGGCGACGCCCGGCAAGCCCAACACCUCGUACCGCGUGUUCGGCGCCAAGCCGCUGGAGGACGUCGUGCGCAACCUGCGCUGCAUGAUCAUGGAGGAGCUCGAGAACGCGCUCGCGCAGCAGUUCGGGCUGGGCGGGUGCCCGCAGGCGCCGCCGCCGCCGCUGGACGACCCCUCGCUGUUCGAGCUGCCGCCGCUCAUCAUCGACGGCAUCCCCACGCCCGUCGAGAAGAUGACGCAGGCGCAGCUGCGCGCCUUCAUCCCGCUCAUGCUCAAGUACUCCAUGGUGCGCGGCAAGCCGGGCUGGGGCCGCGAGUCGACCCGGCCGCCGUGGUGGCCCAAGGACCUGCCGUGGGCCAACGUGCGCAUGGACGCGCGCUCCGAGGACGAGAAGCAGAAAAUGUCGUGGACGCAUGCGCUGCGACAGAUCGUCAUCAACUGCUACAAGUACCACGGCCGAGAGGACCUGCUGCCCGCCUUCACCGAGGACGAGGACGACAAGAUCGCCGUGCAGCAGAUGUCGCAGUACGCGCCGGCCGUUCUGCAGACGAUCACGAACCCGGACGGCUCGGUUUCGCUGAUCCAGGUGGACCCAAGCAACCACAUCAUUACGCUGCCCGACGGCACCACGGCGCAAGUGGUCAGUAUCGAUACACGAUCUGCCGAAAAUACCCGAAACUGGAUCGACGGAUCCUUUAAAAUCCACAGCGGCGAGGGGGGCGGCGUGGUGCAGGCGCUGGAGGGGGACGGCGCGGUGGCCGUCGACCUCAACGCCGUGGCCGAGGCCACGCUCAACCACGACGGACAGAUCAUACUCACGGGCGAAGACGGACACGGCUACCCGGUGUCAGUGUCGGGCGUGAUAACAGUGCCGGUGUCUGCGUCCGUGUACCAGUCCAUGGUGGCGUCCAUGCAGCAGCAGGACGGCGUCUGCGUCGCGCCGCUCGUGCAGGUGGAGCAGAACGGCGAGACGCUGGAGGCCAUCUCCAUGGGCGGCGGGGUGGCGCAGGUCAUGCUGCAGGGCGGCGGGGAGGCGCAGGUGCUGCAGGUGCUCAGUCUCAAGGACGCCACUGUGCUCACCAAGGCCAUGCAAGUGAAAUCCGAGCGCGACGCGGUGGCGGCCGACUCCUAGCUGCUGCGCGCGCCCUCCCCGCGCCCGCCGCGCUCCCCGCGCCCGCCGCGCCCCCCGCGC